CUAGAUAGAGGAUAUGUUCUACUACUCAUCAAGUCACCUAUGCAGUUUCCGAGAUCUGAUCUCGUCCUGAUCUUGUAUUCUCACUUUUGAUUUUUCAUUUUUUAACGUCGAAAAAUUUUCCUUUCUAAUGCUUGAUUUCACAUGAUGAAAAACUACAUUUUUACCAUGAUAAAAAUUCUACUUUAAUACUGUAUAUUUUUUUCGUUAAAAAAAGAAUCAGGUACCACAGAAAACUGAGGUUUUGAAGGCGACAGUCGAAGGCAUCAUGUGCAAGGAAUAUCAUUGCUUUCAUCGUGGAAAAGUGGCAACGUUUUGUGAGUGUGGAAUCGAAGAGUCACAACUGAUGAAUGCGAGAUACGAAAGGCGCGGCGCAACGGGCGGCUUUUAAAGCAGAUACACAAUUAUUACGUUUUCAUAUUUAUGAUGCUUAUUCAGUGUGUGUUAGUGUUUGUUAUGCUUUUCGAUGGCAGAAAAAUCAUGCUCAAUAUCUCCUGACAGGUGGUUGGGGUUGCAUAUUAUUCCUUACUCUUACUGGUACUGUAGUAAGCGUCACUUAACAUCAUCGGGUGGAGAUGUAAGUAAUAUAAAAUGCAUAUCAAACUCCAGGUGAAUUCCGUUUCGUUUCGAUUGAGUAUGCU